AUGGCGCUGCGCGGAGCAGCCUCGCGCUCCUUCCUCGCCGCGGUCCGCGCCCGCACCGCCACCGCCGCCCCGCGCCUCCGCCCCGUACCCGCGCCCUCGCCCGCUCCCCGACGCAUCCCUGCCCUGGUUUUCGAUCCGUGCAGGCCAUUGGCGGCGCUGAUGGGGUCGCUGCCGGCGGUGGCUGCAAGGCUGACGGGGUACUCCGCGUCCAGCGCGCGGGCGUGCUGUGAGCUCUCCCAGGGUACCUUCUGCCGCACUUGUCAGGAUCGCUAACAAGUAAUUGAAGCGGGAGUCGUGGUCCUUCGCAGCAAGGAUAAAGCUCUUUUGAGAUGAAUCUAUUUUCAGCAAUUUUAGGCAAAUGUACUGGCUUAAGUUCCUGUUUUCAGCAUUUUACAAGUUAUAAGAAACUCCCCACUCCUAGUGCUAGUUGUUGUGUCUCGCAGACAAACGGACAAUCUACUUGAUUUCUAUAUAAAUAACGUCCUGUUAAUCAGCACAAGUCAUUUCACUCUGAUAUAAAAACAGUGUGUGAACACUGACCAAGUUUCAUUC